AGGGUUUCGGUUCAGGCACGUUCGUAGCCAUGUCGCACCGAAAGUUUGAGCGGCCUCGACAUGGAUCGUUGGGGUUUCUUCCCAGAAAGCGCACCAGGCACCACCAUGGCAAGAUCAAGAGCUUUCCGAAGGAUGACCAGGCGAAGCCGCCACAUCUCACAGCCUUCAUGAGCUACAAAGCAGGCAUGACACACAUUGUGCGAGAGGUAGAUAGGCCAGGCUCCAAACUGCACAAGAAGGAGAUCGUUGAGCCCGUGACCAUCCUGGAGAGUCCGCCAAUGGUGGUGGUUGGCUUUGUUGGCUAUGUGGAGACUCCCCGCGGCCUUCGUGCCUUGACAUCUGUUUGGGCUGGCCACCUGUCCGAAGAGUGCAAGCGCCGCUUCUACAAGACUUGGAAGGGCCGCAAGCACAAGGCCUUCACAAAAUAUGAGAAGCGAUGGAGCGAAGCUAGCAAGGAGGGCACCCCCAUGCAGGCUGAGGUGGAAAGGGCGAAGAAGUACUGCCAGGUGAUCCGAGCCAUUUGUCACACCCAGGUUCGCAAAGUGAAGAUUGGCCAGAAGAAGGCCCACAUCAAGGAGAUCCAGGUGAAUGGCGGCACCACCGAGCAAAAGGUGGAUUUUGCGAUGAACCUUUUUGAGCAGGAGGUGAAAAUCGCUGACUGCUUCAGCCAAGACGAGACAAUCGACAUUGUGGGUACCACCAAAGGCAAGGGCUUUAAUGGUGUGGUGACCCGCUGGGGAGUGACUCGAUUGGUGAGGAAGUCACACCGUGGCCUGCGAAAGGUGGCCUGCAUUGGAUCCUGGCACCCUGCUCGGGUUUCCUUCCAAGUGCCUCGCUCUGGGCAGCGAGGAUACCACCACCGCACUGAGAUUAACAAGAAGAUCUACCGGAUCGGCAAAUCCCUGAAGGAUGACCCGGCGAACGCUCGGACUGACAAUGAUCUCACUGAGAAGGCGAUCACCCCCAUGGGUGGCUUCUCCCACUAUGGUGAGGUCAACGAGGACUGGGUGAUGCUGAAGGGCACCGUCAUGGGCCCUCGCAAGCGCCUCAUCACCCUUCGCAAGUCCCUCCUGCCACAAGUCAGCCGCAAGGCUUUGGAGAAGGUGACCUUGAAGUUCAUCGACACCUCCUCCAAGUUUGGUCACGGACGCUUCCAGACAAGCGAGGAGAAGGCCAAGUUCUUCGGCGCUGCACUCAAGAAGGCCAAGACAGAGAAGGCUGAGAAGGCUGAGAAGGAAGAGGCGUAAUUCCAAAAGCUGCCAAGAGACUUUCGAACGUGCCUGUGGA